CUUUCAUUUGUUAUCUUUGCUCUAUUUCUUUUUGAUUACAUCAAAUACUAUUGUUCCCUCAUUCAAACAAACGAUAUCCGGAAAUGACCUCAGCAAUGACAGCCCAACAACAGCAAAAUCUGGAAGAGAUGCAAGAAAGAAUAGCCUCUGCUAGAAGAGACGCUGAUUUACUGAAAGAAAGAAUUAAACAGAGAAAAGAAGCUUUAGCAGAUACAUCUUUACGGAAAAUGGCAAAGGAUAUCCCUUCUUUGCCAAGAACAACAAUGAAAGUAAGGCGUACUCUAAAAGGCCAUUUAGCCAAAGUGUAUGCUAUGCAUUGGGCCAAAGACAGUCAAAAUCUCGUCUCGGCUUCUCAAGACGGCAAAUUGAUUGUAUGGAACGCUUACUCCACCAACAAAUUACAUGCUAUCCAUUUACGUUCUUCUUGGGUCAUGACCACGGCUUAUUCGCCCUCGGGUCAAUUUGUCGCUUGUGGCGGUCUCGAUAAUACAUGCUCUGUUUACAACCUACAAUCUCACCAUUCAAAACAACAACAACAGUAUCCGCAUAGCAAUCACAGUUUGAUCGCAGACCAUAAACCAGCCAGAGAAUUAGCAGGCCAUUUGGGCUACAUCAGUUGCUGCCGAUUUCUAAAUGACGAUGAUAGACACAUUUUAACGAGUUCGGGCGAUAUGACGUGUGCACUGUGGGAUAUCGAUGCUGGCGUGCGACUACAUGAGUUUUCAGAACACAUGGGAGAUAUCAUGAGCCUAUCGAUUCAUCCCAACGAUUCAAAUAUCUUUGUCACGGUUGCUUGCGAUUCAACAGCUAAACUGUGGGAUAUCAGAAAGAAGAAAUCAGUACAGACAUUUGCAGGGCACGAAGGGGAUAUCAAUUCAGUGCAAUUCUUUCCCAAUGGUCACGCUUUUGGUACGGGCUCGGACGAUUCAACUUGUCGUUUAUACGACAUAAGAGCAGACUGUGAAUUGAAUGUCUACGCUGACAGCGUGAAUAAUAAUAAUAUCUAUGGUGUUACCUCCAUCGAUUUUUCAAGAUCAGGGAGGUUACUUUUCGCUGGUUAUGAUGAUUAUAGCUGUCAAGUGUGGGAUACACUGAAAGGAGAUCAUUUAGGCUUUCUGGCUGGACACGAAAAUAGAAUUUCUUCCCUGGGUGUGUCCAGAGACGGAUUGGCUUUAUGUACUGGUAGCUGGGAUACGUUGUUAAAAGUCUGGGCAUAGUUCCCCCCACUCCCCUCCCCC